CUCACACGCGCGCCGCGUGUCAACCACCACCACUUGUUCUCUCGUACACCAAUUGCACGUGCUUCGCCGAAUCGUGUUCAAUAACUUUAUAUAUUUCUUUUGUAUAGUCGUAAUUUUUUGUGUCACUGGUUUAUGAGUUUUUUAUUUAACUUUUUUUUAAAUACAUGAAUAAGAAAACGCAGGACAAGAGGCGAAGUUGUCGAUUGACGAAACAUAAUAAUAUAUAAUAUUAUCUACUUAGGACAAUUAAUCACAUAUUUAAUCGAUGUGUGUAUUGUGAAGUUCAAAAUCCACUUUCUGCGGUGCGAUCGCAAUCGACAGUGACCAAUUGUUUUGUUAUCACAAAAAAAAACCAUUUCCAAUACUGUCUUACGAGUGCGAUGAUGACCGGGCAGCGAUGACAUGGAAGCGGCAGCCAGCGUUGUACAGAUGACUGGUGGCGGCGGGCGGGUGGGGAUGAACACGGACAUGUUCCUGUUGCCGUCCUCGUUCACGUCGCCGCCGGGCGUGAUCGUCACGACGGGAUCGCCGAACACCGGCGUCCACCAGUACGCCGCGGCCACGCUCACCUUGUUGCGGCGCGACGCCUGGGUGCUGCCGGUGCUCAUACUGUCGGUGCUCACCAUGACGCUGAUAAUGACUUUCGAGGUGUUCGUGCUGUGCAAGACGAGAAAAACGGAGCCCAGCAGGAGACACCUGUUCCUGGGACAGGCGCUUCUGGGCGGGCUGUUCGUGUGCGCGGCGGUCAGCGGGCUCAUGUGCACACAGCCGACCGUGCUGACGUGCGCCACCGUCAGGCUGUGCACCGGGCUCGGGUACUCGAUGGUGUUCGGCACGCUGCUCGUCAAGUGCGUGUUUCUCAUCAGCCUCAACGGCGGCGUGUACUUGCCCGCGCCGUACCAGGCGCUGUUGCUGUUCUUCACCGUGGCCAUACAACUGGCCAUUGGCGUCCAGUGGCUCAUCUACUCGCCACCACAACUCCUAUCGUCCCAGUGGACGAGCAGCCUGGACAACAGCUGUGACACCAAGUACCAGCACAUGCUCGGCUCGAUGGUGUACGCGGCCGGUCUGCUGUUGGCCGUCACCGUGUUGGCCAUCAAGUCGCGGCACAUACGGGACAACUACCGCGAGGCCAUGUACAUCGGGCUGGCCGUCGGCUGCACGGCGCCGCUGUGCGUUGGCUGGGCCGUGGCCGGGCUAUGGGCUACGCAGCCGGGCGACCAGGACGGAUGUCUGGCGCUGGGCUUAGGCGCCACGGCCGCGCUAGUACUGCUCGUCAUGUUCAUGCCCAAGGGCCGGCAGCUGGCCGCCAUGGGACGGGACGGUCUGUACGAUGAGGACAAGCUCAGCACGCUCAGCAGGCCCGCGUCCCCGUCGUUUUUCCACUUCAAACCGUUCAUGACGCCGAUGAAGCACACGUCGACGAUCAACACGUUCGGAGACCGAGUGGCGCUCGUAGCCCCGCCGACGUACGCUCACCACUAUUACCCGUACUGCUAUUACCCACAUCACGGAGGUGGCGGCGGUGGAGGCGGAGGAGCCGGCCACCACGGAGGCCACAUGCAGCAGCAGCCCAUCUACUCGAGAUGUCCACCCGACAUGUGCAAUUUUUCGGGAAUGGACAACAGCAUUUACACUACGAUGGAGCCGACCAUGUCCAACAACCCCAACGUGUUUUUCCACCGUUCCGGUAUCCACCCCGGAAUGAUGUACUGAUUAUUGUUUAAGUGAAUACUAUAUAUAUGACUAGAUGUUUUUUUUCUCCCGAUUUUAUACUUUUUUUUAAAUAUAUUAUUAUUAUUGUUUAUAUAAAAUAUUACGUAUAGGUAUUAUAUAUAUAAUAUAUUUAUAGUAGUCGCGUAAACGUAUAUACACAUAGAUAUGUGUGUUAAACUAUAUAUUAUAUAUAGACAUAGCGCCCUACACGCACAAAACAGUAUACGUAACAGCUAUAUAGUAAUACCUAUAAUAAUACUUGUACUAUUAUAAUAUGAUAUCUAUCCACUGCAGACUCGCGAGACCGUAUCGAGCGGUGGGCGGUGGACGAGCCGGGCGCGUGUCACGAUGAUCUCACGCCGACGACGUCGCAUAAUAUACUUCCAUAGAGCCUCCAUCUCCUAAUCGCCUCACCCCCCCCCCAAAUAAGUCUAUAGGGUUAUACUGAAUCGCUUAAAUACGAAUAAACCAUAUUAUAAUAUUACGCGCAAUUUCAAAAUAUCACAUUUAUCACUCUUCAGAUCGCCGCGAUGGCAAACGAAGAAAUGUAAUAAAUUCCAUAAAAAAUUACACACACACACACAUAGGUACCAAGUCGAAAAUGUAUAAGUACGCCGUUUACCUCUGUAGAUAAUAUAUAUAUAUAUAUAUAUAUAUAUUUGCCUAUGUUUACGACGGCGCUAUAUAGUUGUUCCGAAGAGAUUCGAUGCCAUUUUCAAUCGCGACGAUGAUAUCGUUCGAGAUAAAAUAAAAUAGUUUUUUUUUUUUUUUAUGUAUUUUACAUUUUGUAGAUUUAAUAACU